AACACCUUAUCAGGUAAAGUUAGCUCUCGAAAACGGUGUUUCACACUUGCCUUAGCAUCCUGCAAUAAGGCGCGCAUUUAUCACUAACGGUUCUUUUAAUUCUGCUACAGAAACCGAAAACACAUAAGGAAUAACUCUGAUUCAAAGUGUAUGCAAAGUAAAUACAGAAUGAUUCUACGGUUUCUUCUAAUUGCGGGUUUCUGCCUCAUAAGUCCGACAUGGAGUGCCAUGACCAGAGACGACUUUGAAAAGUAUAUUGAACCAAUAUGUUUGCCGAAACCAAAUGCUGAUGGAACACCACUGCUCAUUAAUGGACAGGAGAAUCCUUUGUCACAAACCAUUGAAAAUUUCAUUGCUCUGGCUGAGAAAUUUGAAGCUGCUAAUCCUAAUUAUGGGUUGCAGAAUGAAUUAUUUUAUUUCCUCAAAAGAUACUCAUACGAUAACAUCGAAUUCAAUAGACUGGGCGAUAUCGUCCGGUGGGAACCGAAAGAGGCGAAGAUGGACGAAGUGAACAAUUUCUGGGAACCAGAGGAAAGUAUUAGAAACAGAGAGUUUUCAGUGGAAGACCCAUUCACAGAUAGCGAAAAAUGCAGUCUUUUUAGCAUGAUAUCGCAUUCUAUCGUCCGCAUGGCGAGGGCUGCGGAUGUUCAAAGAUCUUACACAAAUGACAGCAGGGACUUAAAUUUGGAGUUCAACUUGAAUAACCAGUAUCCUAUGGAACUUGGCGUUGUGGCCGUUCAAGGCACUAAGCUGGCAGUUGAAUUAGGCAGAGUUCUGAGGGGAAUGUACGUAGGCCUUCAGUCAAAUAGGAGAAUGGACCUUUCUGGAAUUACUCGAGUCAACAAAACAUUACUUGAAGGACAUGUAACUGAAAUUGAUAGGUUAUAUGCUGUUACAUUGGCAGAGGUGAUUGCUCUCUCCAACUGGCGUCCUGAAGUUGGUCAUCGUGAAAAACUCGCUGGAGAUGGUUAUUGGGUAUCUGCGCCUAUCGGUUACGGAGGAAACAGUUGGAACACAAGUGAUAUCUGUCCCAUGAUUUACAGACUUAAAGCAAACGAAACAGCUGCAUUUUCAUACUCUUCCAUGAGAGGUGCCGCUGAUGGUUUUAUACUUGGAAAAAUCAUUGAUACCAUUGCAUCGAGCAAAAAGGUAAAGCUUAGCCAGAUUUUAAGGCAGUACUACGGCGGCGGCGGUAUCUUCGAAAGCGAUAAUGAACUGGGAAAUGUUUGGGCAUCUUUCUGCAACAGAGAGCCUAUCAUUAACAGCAUCCAAGACACUCUGAAAGAGCAGACAUACCUAUACCAACUUUUGGCCGCUAUCAGCUACAAAUACUUACCAGAAAAAUUUACUUUUGAUUAUUACUUAACCCAGAAAUCAAGCAUUUUUGGCAUUUAUGACUCAGCCAUCCGCGAUUUUUGUACAAAGCAAUACACUCUUGACAAACCAGAAAACUUUCCUCGAGAAACACCCUUAGAUAUAAUUGCAGUUAUUGAUACAAGCCAAGAAGAAGAGUACACUAAGAGACAACAACUUAUACUUGGAUACCUUGCUAAAGAAAUGGAUUUGCGCUAUUCUGGAAGCAGAAUGACUAUUCUAACUGACCAGAGAGUACCCUCAGCAGCUGCUUCUGCCGUCGGAACAGUUCUCUUGAGGACUAUUGUCGAAGAGUCCUUUUCGUCUCCUUGUGCUGCUUGCGCUGUCACUCAAGUUUCGUGGGAAGACAGCCCACCAAGUGCUCCAGAAGAUGAAGUAAUUGUUGGCAUCAACCAGUAUAUACAAGCAAGGAAAGCUAAUCAAUCGGAGAAGAAUGGUAUCACUGGAAAAGUUGUCAUUUAUUUCAAUUUAAAAGAAGAUCAAAAGAAUGCAAGACCAACACAGCUGCAGAAUAGAGUGGAAAAGGCUUUAAUAGAUUUCCGACACAAUCAUUUAGAGGUAUCAAUUUAUCCUCUGGGAAGAUCUGCCAAUGCGGUAAAGAAAUACGCCAGAAAUGAAGGGACUUUUGUAUUGUCAGCAAUCGAGGAACCAGCACAAGUUGUUGCCAGAAAGUUGUUACGGAGAGUGACACAAGCUCCGGCCAUACUUCAGUACACCGACUGCAAGGAACGCAGAAGUGAGAAAAAUGCUAUUUUUGAAUAUUAUGUAUCGCCCAGCGCAGUUCAACAUUGGUCAAUGCCAGCUAAAUACUUUUACAAAAGUACAAACAUGAAAGUCACAUUUGAAUCCAAACACGGUCCGCUUAGAGUGUGUUAUAACAGGGCAACGCCAUCACCAGAACUGACAAAAGUCGCAUGUGAAGACAUACCAAAUGGACAAAAGAAAGAUUUCGUUACUUCCAAUCCUUGUGAAUAUCUGGAUGAUUUUUCAUGCCCUCCUCUGUUCUUCUCCGUUAUAGGAGUAAAUGCCACCACUGAAAGACAGGGUACCUGCGUAGAUAACACUGAAAGUAUAUGCAGAACAAUUGAUCAGACUUAUUUCAAAGUAACCCAUGAAGGUAUACGUUGCAGUGGAAGUGCAUCAAUCAUGGCAAAUGCAGCUUUACUCCUACUCGGAGUAAUUCUAUUAAAUUUCUUCUCAAAAAAAUAUUAAGAGGCACAAAACGUCCAACUUUUGUUGUCGAAUAAGUGAAAGAAUUUUUUUUGUCAACUUAAGAAGACUGACAAACAUAGACAGUCCUAUCGCACUUUUUCAUGAUCAUCUGUAGUAUCAUGCUUUGCAUUGCAUCAAUUUACUUUAUUCAUUAAUUACUAAUUACGAAUGCUACCGCUUGUUAUUUUUGAAUGUAAAUAAGUUUUCUAUUUACAAAUUUAAUUGUUAGAAAUCUUCCACACUUUCAUGUAAACGAUUGUAUAAUUAUUUUUUACCAAUUUAAUAUUUUAGUAUAGUUUUUAAGACUUCAUACAUUUAUUUUUGUUUUAUUGCAUCUGUAAAUAAAAUAGAAGAGAAGGCCAGAGCAAUUUUAUAAAUAAAUAUAAACAUUUAUGUUAUCUAUGAAGUUGUAACAUAAAAGAGUGAAAUUAAUGAUCGAAGGUCAUUUUAGCUUAUUUGUAUUAAUUUUUGAACGUUUUUAAUAAAAAAAUGUAGUUUAUUGUUUUA